UCAGCUGGUGGAGAAACCUACCCCGCCGGUGUUUGUUUUGGUCUGUGAGAGACGGUGGGUGUUGCGCGAUUUGAGCUGCCUUCCCCUGAGUUGUCAAGUGUUUGUCAGUGUGACAGGCGCGUUGGUUCUUGAGCAGGCCUAAACCAUGGAAGAAAUUCACCUUAUACCUACAGUACAGAAGCCACUAUUUCGAUUGCCACCUCGAUCAAGCUUGGCUCUCCCUUCCUUUGUAUCAGACUUCAUAAAAAGCCUAUCACGACCUCAAAAGAUUGUCAUUGUGAGCAUUGGAACUGGUUUAGCUUUGAUUGGGCUUGUUGCUCGAUAUUUACGUCGCCGUCGCCGUACACCAAGGAAAUCUGCAAUGGCAAGGCAUGAUGACUCAGGUCGAAGCACUCGAAAACUUAAGCCAAUCACAAUAUGUAGUCCUUCUGGUGAAGUUCAUAGUGUUGGUGGCAACAUAUCCCCAGGGUUCCAUCGUUCUGUUCACCGUCAAAGUUUUGGCUCUGUUGGCAGUGACCGGGCGACUGUAGCCUCAGUGUUGACCACACAGGCUGCCGACGGUAGCACUCUGACGCCUCAGCAGUACGGAGUUAUGGGUAUGGAGGCGUUGGAGACGGCUCUCGGGUUCUGGGAGGACGCCCUGGCGGCCUACACUGCUGGCGUGACGGGCGGAGUGGCCCUCACCUCCCAGGAGGAGGCAGAGUUCACAGCACUCCUCCAGAGGGUCAUAGAUGACUCCUACAGCCUCCAGGAUCAGUGCGAACAUCUCUUCCUACACCAGCACUCGGUGUUGUUCCGGUCUACGAGCGUGACCCCGGUGCCUUCAGAGGUCACCUGUGAGACCUUCGACCGUCGGACCAUCACUUCUGCCUCCUCGUACGAGUCCUUUGUCUCUGCUUCUGGUGACAUUGCAGACUUGCGCGACCUAGAGGAGUUUGAUGAAGCUCAGUACCCGCUCUACAUGGCAGCACUCAAGCAACACGAGGAAGGUGGCAUACCUUUCAGAGACAUUCGCUCUGAUCGAGUUCGGUGUGGGAGUGAUGUGGAGUAUAUUUGCAAAGUUCACUGUAUCCGUCUAGCUUGCCAGCUAUUAUUUUCACAAGAAGAAACUAAGGUUUUUUUUGCCAAUUCUGGCAGACAGAUAAUUGGUAACCUUCUGGCACGAGCAGAUAAGGACCCAAAGGAUGUGGUGCAAGCAUAUGAGGAGAUGCUAGUGUUCCUUGACAGCUGUGACUGGGCCGCAGUAGAGGCAGAACUUCUCGCCCGGGGCGUUAAAGCUCUGACAUUUUAUGAUGUUGUCCUUGAUUUUAUCUUGAUGGAUGCUUUUGAGGACCUAGAAAAUCCCCCUUCUUCUGUAACAGCUGUUGUACAAAACAGAUGGCUCUCAAAUGGAUUUAAGGAAUCUGCAUUGUCUACUGCUGUGUGGAGUGUGCUGAGAGCGAAGCGCCGAAUGCUCAAGUAUCAAGACGGUUUCAUUUCGCAUUUUUAUGAUAUUUCCGAGCACCUCUCUCCAGUUCUUGCUUGGGGUUUUUUGGGACCAGAUGAAAAUAUCAAGGAACUCUGCACAUUUUUCAAGGAGCAGAUAGUUGGGUUGCUUCAAGAUAUCUUCAGCUUCACCAGUGUGCGUUACACAACAGUGGAGGAGUUAGCUGCUGAUAUCAUGAUUUUAACAACACAGCGUUUUGAAAACAUUUCUAAAAGAUUAGCUCUAUAAAGGUAAUAUAUAGGUGUACAGUAUUUAUAUUUCAAAACAAAUUUUUCAAAAUGGUAUUCCAAGUGUUAGGUGAAGAUUAGAAAUGUUGGUAAUAAAGGUAGAUGUAAACAUUUUUUACUUCCAGUGUUCUUACAGUAUUUGUAUUAUAGAUCUUUUUUUAAUCAAGUGUGAUGAAUGCAUUGUAUAUUAUUGUACGCGUAAUUUUUUUCAUUUAACUGUUUAGGAAUGAUAUUGUAACUUUUAGUGCUCAAAUAUUUAUCAAGUACCAUAUUUGCUGGCGUAUAAGAUGUACUUAUUUUUAAAUGUUACAAAAAAUUGUCUUGCGUCUAAUGGGGAGGUGUUACGGAUGUGAGACCGAGCACCAAAGGCAAGGGAGCCCAACGAGCAUACAGUACUGGCUAAAUUCACUAGGCACAAAAAUCAUUGCUGAUAAUAAAAUAUUGAACAAAAUCCAAAGUAUUACAGUAAAUAGUGUUAAUAAUAAUAAAAUAUUGAAAGCAAGCUGAACUACCACAAACGUAUGAAAAAUUGCUUACGAUACAUCAGCAGUUAUGAAGGAAGCUCACAGCUCUCCACCUGACCCAGCAUACCCAUACAUAACCCACACCUGAUGUCAUACAUUAUAUAACAAGUGUUACCUUUAAGACAAGGUAACACUCAUACAUUUGAGACAUUCAUUCAUUAUCAUCCCCCCAAAAAUCCUAGAAAUUUGAAACGAAUGUUCAACUUUCAUCUGCCUAUCAGCCAUUUGCAAUGAGUAAAUGACAACAAAACCAGAGCGCUGUGAUGGUAUGCUGCCCUGGUGUGGCAACACAAAACACAUCCAGAAAUACAAGUUUCACAUCCUGUAUAGCAAUUCUCUUGUACAAAAUAGAAACAAGAUACAAAUAUAAUAAAUAUAAUUAUAAUAUAUACUUGAAUAAAUAUAAAACAACUGAUUUUAGAGGAGGUAAGAGUUGGGGUACAAAAUCCACUUUAAAAUCUCUCUCUAAAUGUAUGAUGAAACAUACUAAAAUAGUUUUUUUUCCACAAAAUGUCCUUGCACAAUAGUCCUAUGCGAGGGUCCGUCUUUUACACCAGCAAAUACAAUAUUUUUAAAGACAUUUUCAACUGUACCAGGUACUUCAGACAAUGUCAGGUUUUUUUUAUAUUCAAUGUCAUUGAUGGUUUUGUAAACACUAUUUUUAACUGUGUAAUAUUGGUGUAAGCAUACAUGUUGCAGUCUCAUGAUAAGUAAUGCAGUUUACUUGCCACUGAGUAAAUUUGCAUGCAGCUUAUAUUUACUAUAGUCAUAGCAUUGUACAAUUGUACGAGUUCAUAAGUUCAUUGUAUUGAUAUAAAGUUCUAUAACCAACAAAAUGUUAAGGCCAUGAUCAAUCCAGGUAAAAUUUAUUACCAGCAUUCGAUGCCACAGGUUCCCAGUUUAACAUUUCUGUUAUAAGUUUAAUAUUUUCAAGUGAUGAUCAUUUCAAAUAAUACCUAGGGUGUGAAUUGAAAUAUAUAUUGUUAAUAAUUAUUAUUAUAUAGAGUUGAGAGUAUGAGUGCUGCCAUUGAAAACUUCCGGUAUGUAUUCUUGGAUUUUCUAGUCUUUGAUAACUAAAUUGUACAUUAUUGUCAAGUCAUUUGUCAGGGUUUUUGUGUUCAAGAUAAAAUGAUGAGAGCAUUAUGUGCUUCAUUUUAUCACUGGAGAAAUUCCUUAGUGAAAAAAAUGCCACCCCCCUCCCCCUACACCAAAAAACCAUGAAUUGUAAUUAAAGUAAGAUGACAUAUUUAGAAUAAAGUUGUUAAAUACAGUUGUGUGGACAUAACGAAAUGUUACAAAAAAUUAUAAUUGGGAGGUGUGGCCCAUUUCUGUUUAAUGGUUGUGGCAUAUUGUCCAGAAAUAAAAGAUUGUAUUGGAACAGGUAAGGUAAACUGUAAAUAAUAAGUAAAGUUGUAAACACUAUUUUAUCAGAGGUUGUAUAGUAUAGAUAAUCAGUGAAACAAGAAUUAUGGUGUACAGAAGAUGUUUCAAAAAUAAAUAAUGAAAUGUC